UAUUUGAAAUCAGAUAGAGCUACUAUUUUAAUGCACUUAUGUGUUGCUAUGGUAACAUCCUAUAUCAUUUUCCUCGGAGGUGUUGACAGAACAGACAACAUGGGUUUUUGUACAGCAGUUGCAGUGUUAUUACAGUACAUAUAUCUCGUUGUGUUUUUCCUGAUGUUUGCGGAAGGUAUUGAGAUAUCUUUUGCUGUUUUAUACGUGUUUUCAACAAAACCAAGCAUCAAAUGGAUUCUUUCAGCUGCUUGGGUUAUACCGGCGUUUAUUGUCGGGAUAACAUUGGCAAUUACGAGGAUGAAAGGAUAUGGAACUCAACAUUUUUGUUGGUUAUCAGUUGACAAUGGACUUAUUUGGGCAUUUGUUGGACCAGCUUUUAUCAUAAUUCUGAUAAAUGCUGUGCUUCUUGGCUUUGUUAUGAGAGCAGUAUUUAAUGUGAAAAAGAUGAGACAAAAACAAACCCAUGCUAAAAUUGUAGUAGGAAUUCGUUGCCUCUGUAUUUUACUUCCAUUGCUUGGAUGUACGUGGGUUAUAGGUAUAUUCUAUGUGAACAAAUCUACAUCAUGGAUCCAAUAUUUGUUUUCUUUUUGUAACGGAUGCCAGAUAACAAACGCAUACGAGAAGAAGCGAAGAAAAUCUACAACUUCUUUGAUUUUAAACCAAAGUUCAAAGAGCCAUCGUUUUAAAAGGUUUGGACCUGUGAAGUCAAUAGCUGAAGAGAAAAGAAGUUCCCUGUAA